CAUUUCAUCAUCAAUAUUUCAAUACUCGAGUAGAGUCCAAUAUCGUUCAAAUCCACAUCUCAUCCGUUCUCAAAUAUCCUAUAAAACUCUCAUGCCAUUCAGAUGAAGUUGCUUCUUCUUCUUUUUUCAAUCAUCAUUGCAGUAUUCUCAAUUGUAUUCAGAGAUCCAAUUAUCGAGCAUAUCGAAACCAUAAGUUACUUGUUUACAAAUAGUACAGCCACAACUCCUUCACAACCACAACUUUAUAACUUUCCAUCCGCUUCAUAUUUUAGCACAUCAAAAGCAGUCAACAUGACAACACCAAGAAGGAUCCUGAAAGCCUUUUUGGCACGCGAGCAAGCGGAGGGUGCGGGAGCGCGAGUUCGUCGUUCAAUCGGCUCACCUCAACUAAGGAACUUCUCACCAUUCCUUAUGCUUGACCAUUUCAACUCUAAGUCCGGAGCUGGAUUUCCAGAUCAUCCACACAGAGGACAGGAAACGAUAAGCUACAUCCUCCAAGGUGCUGUCGACCAUGAAGAUUUCACAGGAAAUUCAGGGACCAUCGAAACAGGAGAUCUUCAAUUCAUGACUGCCGGAAGAGGAAUAAUGCACUCAGAAAUGCCACGACAACAUGCUGAUGGCAGCGCAAAUAUUGGAUUACAGCUCUGGGUAGACUUACCCGAGAAACUCAAGAAAUGCGAGCCACGAUAUCGUGAUUUACGAGCCAAGGAAAUUCCACGCAUCGACAUCGACGAUGGAAAAGUACAUGUGAAGAUCAUCUCAGGCCGAAGUCAUGGCGUUGAUAGUGUAAAAGACUUAGCUUAUACACCCGUUUGGAUUUUCGACAUAGAAAUCAAACCGGGUGGAAAGAUUGUGCAAUCAUUACCGGCUGGGUGGAACGCUUUUGCCUAUAUUUUGAGUGGGGAGGCGGUCUUUGGAAGUGGAGAUGAGAAGACUAAGGUUGCACAAUUCCACAAUGUGGUAUUCCGUCAGGAGGGAGAUUUGGUGAAUGCAGAAGUCGAAGAGUCUGCUAAAGAAAAUGCACAUUUUAUUCUAGUAGCAGGCCAACCCCUCGACCAAAAGAUAGUCCAAUACGGCCCCUUUGUCGUCAAUUCAGAAGAGGAGAUAUAUCAAGCGAUGGAGGACUUCCAGACCCAUUCUAAUGGGUUUGAAAGGGCGAAGGGAUGGAAAAGUAAGCUUGGCAAGUCGAUGGUUCAUUAGAAUAUUUCGAGGGGUAACAACUUGGGGAGUUCUUGGUUGGAGGCAGUGAUUAUUGUCAGGCGAAUAAAAGGAGGAGUUGGGUGUUUUGAUCUCUAUAGCUUGGGAGUGCUUCUUCUGGUUGAACUAAUACAAUUGGCAUUUUUAUUUUAAACUCAUGGUUGCUAUUUGUUAGUUUUUUUUGUGGUGUUAGUACGAUGUAAUUCCUCGUUAUUCUCUAUGAUAGAUUGCAAUUCACUCCAAUAUAAAAUCC